AUGAAAAAAGGAGAGAAAACACAGAGUAAAAAAAAAGAAAGGAACUCCCAAAUCAACCUCGAAACCUCAGAAGAGGUUAGGAACCGAGUAAAGGAAGGAGUACAGCUCAGGGACUCAACAGCCAAUAGGGCGAAACCCACAGGACCAGAAAACCCCAUGAUUAACCACGAAAAUGGAAGUGAAAGGAAGGAUCCAGGAACCAACAGUUUAAAGCAGAUUUAA